AUGACUCUCCUUAUCCUCACCGAGACCUCCGCGGGUUAUGCCUUGCUCAAGGCCAAAGACAAGAAACUCCUCAAGCGGGACGAUCUCGCUUCCGAACUGAGCAGCGUCGAAAAUGUGACCUCUAUGCUCAAAUUGAAGGAAUUCCAGAAAUUCGACAGCGCUGCCGCAGCACUUGAAGAAGCAGCCGCGAUCGUGGAAGGCAAGGUCACACCGAAACUUUCGUCGCUCCUGAAUACCUUAAAGGAAGAGAAGAAGAUUUCUCUCGCUGUCGCAGAUCCGAAACUGGGAAACGCAAUUGGAAAGAUUCCAGGCUUGGAGAUCAAAGCCGUUGCCGAUUCUACCACCGCCGACCUCUAUCGAGCCAUUCGAGAAUACCUGCCCUCUCUUAUUCCCGGUCUACUGCCAGAAGAUGUCAAGACGAUGUCCCUCGGCCUCUCACACUCUCUUGCCAGACACAAACUUAAAUUCUCCCCGGACAAGAUUGAUGUCAUGAUUGUACAAGCAAUUGGUCUACUGGACGAUUUGGAUAAAGAGCUGAAUACGUAUGCCAUGAGAGUAAAAGAAUGGUACGGGUGGCAUUUCCCGGAGAUGGCAAAGAUUCUGAACGACAAUCUCGCAUAUGCUAAAGUGGUAUUGAAAAUGGGUAUGCGCACCAAUUGGGAGAACUGCGAUCUUGCCGAGAUUCUGCCCGAAGAAAUCGAAGCCGCAGUCAAGGCGGCCGCUGACAGGUCAAUGGGAACGGAAAUCACAGACGAAGAUUUGGAGAACAUACAAAGCUUGGCCGAGCAGGUGGUUCAGUUCACAGAAUACCGCACACAGCUUGCUAGCUACCUUUCGGCGAGAAUGAUGGCCAUCGCUCCCAAUCUAACAACCCUUGUCGGUGAUCUCGUGGGUGCCCGACUCAUAGCCCAUGCUGGCAGUCUGAUGAAUUUAUCCAAAAGCCCGGCGAGUACUAUACAAAUCCUCGGAGCUGAGAAGGCACUCUUCCGCGCACUGAAGACAAAGCACGACACCCCUAAAUAUGGUCUCAUCUAUCAUGCAUCCUUGAUUGGCCAAGCCACUGGCAGAAACAAGGGCAAGAUGGCCAGAGUGCUUGCUGCCAAAGCUGCACUCGGGCUAAGAGUAGAUGCGCUGCAAGAUUGGGGAGACGAUGAAGUCAAUAUUCCCGAAGAUGAGAAGGCCGCUCUUGGUUUAUCAGCGCGAGCGAACCUAGAACGCAAACUAGCCGCUAUGGAGGGCAAACCGCUCAAACCUCGGGGAGUCGCCAUUGGCCCCAAUGGCGUGACUACCACACCACAACCAAAGAAGUGGGAGAUUAAGGAGGCACGGAAAUACAACCCCGAUGCCGAUGGGUUGGCCGGUGAUGAGGCUCCAGCUAAAGAGCAGAAGAAAUCCAAGAAGGAAAAGAAGCUCGUGGAAGAGAUUCCUGAAGAUGCGGACAUGAAAGAGGACGGCGAGGUAGAUAACGAUGAUGCCGAGUCCCAACCUGAUGAAUCAAUAGCUAGCGCAGAGGUCGAAGCCAUUGUGCCGUCUGCUGUCAAUGGGGUCAAUGGCUUGUCGAAAAAGGAAGCCAAGAAAGCUGCGAAAGAAAGGAAGCAUGCAGAGAAGGCUGCUCGCAAGGCUGCCAAGAAAGAGAAGAAGGUCCAGGCAGAAAAGGCGGCAACGGCUGGCCACGAGGAUAAGAUCGGAGCCUUGGCUGCCCAGUGUGGAUUGAGCGUGGAAAGAUACAAGAGGAAGCUAGCGCGGGGCGAGAUCCAAUUUCAAGAGGAUGGCACGGUUGUAGCGGUCUCGAAGAAGGAGGUGAAGAAGGUGAGGAAGGCGGCUGAGAAGGCUGCAGCAAAGGAGGCGAACGGUGAGGUUGAGGGGUCCAAGAAACGAAAACGAGUGGAAGACGAGGCCGACACAUCAAAGUCAGAGAAGAAGAAGAAGCGGAAAGAGAAGGCAUAA